AUGACGGCAAAACUCAGAUUGGUCCGCACUUAUCCCAAGUUCUACAAAUCGAGCCAAAAAAGCAUAAGAGAGAUCGAUUUCAUUUUUCAUGAUGCAAAGGGGCAGCGGAUUCAUGGUUCUGCACCCGGUUUCUUGGCCCAAAAAUUCCGAGAUUUCAACCUUCUUGAAGGACAAGUGUAUGGGAUCAAUGGUUGGGAACUUACUGAGGACACAAAUGCAUUCAAGAUAACGGAAUCAAGCCACAAGCUUGAAUUUGGUGAAAACACAAAGAUGUACGAGGUAGUUGACGUCGAGUACCCGAGGAUUAUGUACAACUUCAAAAAUUACAAAGAGCUGUCCGACCCACAAACAGUUGAUUCAAACAAGAUAUUUGAUUUGAUUGGACGUGUUGCUAUGGUCCAUAGCAUACGAACAACAAAUUCAAAUGGUGUGGAGAAGAAGUUCAUAGAUGUUGUUCUAGAAGAUGUUGAGGGAUGCCAUAUAACAUGCACGUUUUGGGAAAGAUAUGUGCAAGUAAUUGUUGAUGCUUUGAACAACACACCCGUGACAACCUUGCGUGUACUAAUUGUCCAAUGUUGUCGAGCAAAAGCUUUCCAAGAUGGCUCCAUAAAAGUUGUGAACGCAUUUGAUGCAACAAAGCUUUUGAUGGGUGAAGUACCCGAAAUUGAGGAUUUCAAAGAAAGGUAUAACUCACACACAAGACCAAGUGAGUCAUCAAUCCCACACGUGAGGCCCUUCAUGUAUAAUAUUCGUGAUGAUCUGGAGUCCGGCAUAGCUCCAAUCAAGACCAUUGCUGAAUUUUUGGAAUUUAAUGAGGAAACGAAUUUUUGGAUUUAUGCCUCAAUCAUUGACGUAUCCCCAAAUUGGUUCUUCAAGUCUUGCCCGACUUGUGUGAGGAAACUCGACAUUUCUGCCGUGGACGACUCGGGCAUUGUACAUCUUCUGUGUUGGGACAAGGACGAUGAUGGAUCUGAAUUGCCAAAUGAGAUUAAAAUGUUGCUCUCAAAAGAUGUUAUGCUUAAAAUUUCAAAGAAUAAGGAUCAGAUUGGACCUUAUAAAGGUCAAUAUACAGUUUCUAGAAUCACCGCUGAUCCAAUUUUGCUAAAUCGAUUUGGACCCUUGGGAAUUUCUUCACAGGCAACAAAGGCCGAGGAAUUGUGCAGCCCAAUGAGAACAGUAAAGGCUGAAGUUAUAGAUAGCCCAAUAAGGGCUGUAAAUGCUGAGGAGGUGGACAGCCCAAUCAUGGUAGAGAAGGGUGUUUUGUACAGCCCAAUUCGGGCUGUGAAGGCAGCAGUGAACAGCCCAAACAGGGCUGUAAAGGACUUCAUAGAGGACCCAAAGAAAAGACAGCAAACUGACGGGGAAGAUCCAAUGGGGAAGAAGAAAAUCAAGCUGGAAAAAAUCUGAGUGCUUAUGUUGAGUUUUUUAUUUAACAUUUGUUUGCUGCUGAAUGCAUUAUCU